AUGGCUAUGCUUUUGAGUAAAAACUAUUUUUCAUUCCAAAUAAAAGGCUACUUUCAACGGCAGCAAUUUAGUGGAGUUUAUACGUGGUACGAUGGUAUUGAGUGGAAGUGUGGAAAAAGAAUUUUGAGGAAUGUUCUAAGUGUACUGGUGGGCGCGAGUGCUACUUGCGGAGUGUUCUUGUAUUUCCUAGACCGAUCGGUUCAGGCAAUGGGCCGUGUCGCGCACCUGCCCAGUUAUCCCUGGGACUUUGAGGGGUAUCUCACAUCUCUGGAUCACUCGGCCGUACGGCGGGGUUGGCAAGUCUACAGAACCAUAUGUCACACUUGCCACAGCUUGCGUUACGUACGAUUCAUGGAUCUGAUCGACGUGUCACAUACGAAGGACGAGGUCAAGGCCAUUGCCGCCGAGUAUGAGAUUCAAGAUGGACCCGACGAAGAGGGAAAUUACUACAUGAGACCUGGAAGGUUAUCUGAUUUAUUGCCACCUCCUUACCCAAAUGAGGAAGCGGCAAGAGCGGCCAAUUUCGGUGCGUACCCACCAGAUCUGACUUACAUCAUUUUUGCCAGGAAGAAUGGUAGAAAUUACUUAUUUUCUUUGCUGACGGGUUGGACAAAACCGCCAGCAGGUAUAUCUUUAAGCGACCAGCAAUAUUUUAAUAUCUACUUUCCCGGAAACGUAAUCAGUAUGGAACAGAUGCUAGUUGGAGGAGUGGUGGAAUAUGAUGAUGGCACUCCAUCGACGACGUCGCAAAUGGCAAAGGACAUAGUUGCAUUUCUAAGCUGGACAUCUUCGCAAGAAUUUGAUGAACGAAAACGGAUGUUUAUCAAGGCAAUGGGAAUCAGUAUUAUAUUAUUAGCUUCGAUUGCUCACUAUUCGAGAUUCGUCUGGUCACACCUAAGAAGUAGACAGAUAGCAUACGUGCCCAAGGAAAAAUAUUAA